AUGCGGCGAUCACUGGUGCUCGCGCGCCUGCUGCAGGCCCGCGGCGCCGGGCUCCUGGCGGAGGGUCCCACCGGGGCCUGUGCCAGGGGAUUCCACUCCAGCAUUCUGACGCUGGCCCGGGAUCCCUUCGAGAUGACACCCUUUGCGACCAAGUCCACCCCCGCCAACACUGUCCUGCGGAUCGUGCCCCAGCAGAUGGCCUUUGUGGUGGAGAGGUUUGGCAAGUACAGCCGCACGCUCAGCCCGGGCCUCCACAUCCUGAUCCCCGUGGUAGAUCGCAUCGCCUACGCCCAUUCCCUCAAGGAGACCACCAUCCCGGUGCCCAACCAGAUGGCCAUCACCAAGGACAACGUCUCCCUGACCAUCGACGGCGUGCUGUACACCAAGGUCACCGACCCCUACGCCGCCAGCUACGGCGUGGAGAACGCGCUGUACGCGGUGACGCAGCUGGCGCAGACCACGAUGCGCAGCGAGCUGGGCAAGAUCACGCUGGACUCGGUGUUUGCAGAGCGCGACAUGCUCAACUCCGCCAUCGUGGCCUCCAUCCAGCCCGCCGCCAGCCAGUGGGGGCUUCAGGUCCUGCGCUACGAGAUCCGCGACAUCAUGCCCCCGGCCUCCGUGCGCGGGGCCAUGGAGUUGCAGGCCGAGGCCGAGCGGCGCAAGCGCGCGCAGAUCCUGGAGUCGGAGGGGAACCGCCAGUCCAAGAUCAACGUGGCGGAGGCCCAGAAGUCGGAGGUGAUCCUGGCGUCCGAGGCCUCCCGCGAGGACCAGAUCAACCGCGCGGAGGGAGAGGCGGAGGCCAUCCUGCGCCGCGCGGCCGCCACGGCGGAGGGCAUCCAGCGCCUGGCCGCGGCCAUCGAGGCGCCCGGCGGCCGGAACGCGGUCAGCCUGCGCGUGGCGGAGCAGUACCUGGAGGCCUUUGGGUCCAUUGCCAAGAAGGGGACCACCAUGCUCCUCCCCACCUCGGCCAACGACCCCGCGGCCAUGGUGGCCCAGGCCCUGUCCAUCUACGGCAGCGUGUCGAGGACACGUGGAGCAGGGGCCGAUGAGGCUCCGCCGGCGGAUGCGGGCGCGGGUGCGGGCGAGGGGGAGGCAGCCGGCGCGCGGUGGAGCCCGCGCCUGCCCUCCCUGCACCCGCCGGGGUUCAGCUACGACAAGCCGGAGCCGCCCAGCACGCCGCCCAAGCAGUGA